CAACCAUUCCAUUGGUCUCUGCUGGAGGGUCCCCACUGUGGCCAAGAACUUACGGCUAAGGGAAAACAGACCAAGAAGAUCAAUCUAUCUUGUCACAUGCUAUUCUGAGUGAUGUGAUGUCGAUGGUUAGUGCACGGAGCAUGCCUCUCAGUCCGACAUCCAGGAAACAUGAGGAGGAGCGGCAGCGGAACACUUGCAACUGCAGCGAGGGUGAGGACGAGGAGAGUUUCAGCAGGGAAGAAACCAUCUACCACACCAUCAGGACAAGUACAGCAGCUAAAAGCGGCCACCAAAUGGACAAUCCUGCGCCUAGCACUAUAAUCAUUCGCAUUGGAGUACCAGACCUGGAGCAGACGAAAUGUAUGCGGUUCAAUCUUGAUGCCCCUGUAUGGGUGUCAAAACAACGGAUUCUGUGCACUCUCAACCAGACUCUAAAGGAUGUACUAAACUAUGGGCUAUUUCAACCUGCGCACAAUGGGAGGGUGGGGAAGUUUCUGGAUGAGGAACGUCUGCUCCGAGAAUACCCAGCGCCCCCUGACACCCCUAUACCAUACCUGGAGUUCCGAUAUAAGAAUCGAGUGUACAACCAGAGUCAUAUAGAAGAGAAACAAUUGGCCAAACUCCACACAAAGGCAAAUCUUAAAAAGUUUAUGGAAUAUAUCCAGUACCAUCAUGUUGAGAAGAUUGGGAAAAUGUUAGAAAAAGGAUUGGAUCCAAACUUCCAUGAUCCCGACAGUGGAGAAUGUCCAUUAACGUUGGCUGCACAAUUGGAGAGCACAUCUGAAAUCAUCAAGUUGCUGAAAAGUGGGGGAGCCCAUUUGGACUUUAGGACCCGGGAUGGAUUAACAGCUUUACACAAGGCCGUACGAUGUCAGAAUCAUACAGCACUAAUAACACUGUUAGAUCUGGGUGCUUCUCCUGAUUAUAAGGACAGCCGGGGUUUAACACCUUUAUACCAUAGUUCAAUGGUGGGAGGAGACCCUUAUUGCUGUGAACUGAUACUGCAUGACCGUGCCAAUGUAGGCUGCAUGGAUGAAAAUGGUUGGCAGGAAAUCCAUCAGGCUUGCCGGUAUGGGCAUGUGCAACACCUGGAACACCUGUUGUUUUAUGGAGCAGACAUGAGCACACAGAAUGCCUCGGGGAACACAGCUCUGCAUAUCUGUGCUCUCUACAAUCAGGAAAGUUGUGCAAGGGUCCUUUUAUUUCGAGGAGCAAACAAAGAAGUUAAGAAUUACAACAGUCAGUCAGCAUUUCAGGUUGCUAUUAUAGCUGGGAACUUUGAAUUGGCAGAGAUUAUUAAGAACCACAAGGAAUCUGAUGUUGUGCCUUUCAGAGAAACCCCAAGCUACACCAACAGGCGACGGAGUGGAGGAAGUACGCUCUCAUCCCCACGGACACUGCUACGAUCCACUAGUGACAACAACAUCAACAGCCUUGCAAGCCGUACCACCCAUUCGCCUGUGCCAUCUGUCAGAAGCCUGCCUCCUCAGCUGCUGUCACAAAUGCAGGAAGGUGCUGAGGGAGGCCAGCAGAGCACAGCAAGCUCACGAAGCUCACAUAGCCGAUCACCCUCGCUGCAGUGUGUCCAGGAGGAAAGUGAGGCCAAUACCCCCAUUCUCAGGAGGCAGACAAAAGCCAGGCUGAGCCCAAGCACCGUGAGCGCCGAUCCCAACCCACCUCCAUCGGCCGUCCCCGCUCACAGAGGACCCAAACGCAAGCUGUACAGUGCGGUCCCGGGACGGACCUUCAUCGUGGUGAAACCCUAUCAGCCCCAGGGAGAGGGGGAGAUCCUGUUGCAUCGAGGGGAACGUGUCAAAGUGCUGAGCAUCGGCGAGGGAGGCUUCUGGGAAGGGACAGUAAAGGGUCGGACUGGCUGGUUUGCAGCUGACUGUGUGGAAGAGGUACAAAUGAGACAAUACAACACACGACAAGAAACUCGUGAAGACCGAACAAAGAGGCUCUUCAGACAUUACACAGUUGGAUCCUAUGAUAACUUCUCCUCUCACAGUGAUUAUGUCAUCGAGGAGAAGACAGCACUGCUUCAGAAAAAGGAGAACGAGGGAUAUGGCUUUGUCCUCCGAGGAGCUAAAGCUGAGACUCCAAUUGAAGAGUUCACACCCACGCCAGCAUUCCCAGCUUUGCAAUACCUGGAAUCGGUGGACGUGGAGGGAGUGGCAUGGAAAGCUGGGCUAAGGACAGGAGACUUCCUGAUUGAGGUCAACAACAUCAACGUGGUGAAGGUUGGACACAAGCAAGUCGUCUCCAUGAUCCGACAGGGAGGAAAUAACCUGCUGAUGAAGGUGGUGACAGUCAGUCGAAAGCCGGAACUGGAAGAUGGAAUGAGGAAAAAAGCCCCACCACCCCCGAAGAGGGCACCAAGUACUACACUGACUCUCCGCUCCAAAUCCAUGACUGCUGAACUCGAGGAGUUAGAAAAACUGGAUGAGAUCCUUGCAGCAGCUGAUCGCUCAGUGAGGACAGAGAACGUAGCGGCAGACUCCCGAGCUGCAACAGUCAAACAGCGACCCACAAGCAGGCGCAUCACAUCAGCAGAAAUCAGUUCAUUAUUUGAGCGUCAAGGAAUGCCCUCAAAGUCAACUACAUCAUCUGUACCAGACAAGCCACACCUCCCAAUGCCUAGAGGAAUGUCAAGGACAAAGUCCAUAGGAGCCUCUGAAGAUGAUAAACUGUCAGUUUCAGCAAUGGAAGGAAGGUUUUUACGCAGUACAUCAAUGCAAGAUACUCUCCGGGAAGGAUUAGGCAUACCACCACCUCCACAGAUCGCCCCACCGCCCCCACCCUCCCCUUACCUACUAGACACAGGUCCUCCACCUCCUUUCUCACCACCCCCACCCCCUGGACGAACUUACGAUAAUGUGCGGUCCAGCUUUAAACCCAACACUGAAGCGAAAAUUCAUGGAGGCCAGCAGGUGACAACAACAGCAGAGGUCUAUGAAUCAAAUCGGUCUCCUGUGCCUCCAGUGGAGAGGCAGAAGAGGGCCAGGUCAAUGAUAAUUCUGCAGGAUUCAUCAUAUUACCCUGUGGAGCCAGCAGACAUCCCAUGGCCAAGUGCCUCUCCAACCCCUCAAGAGAAAAGCAAGCGAAAGGCAAAGGUGGUUGACAAUCCAUAUGCAAAUGUGGGCCAGUUCAACGUGGGACUUCUUGCACCAACAAAGCCACUUCGUAAGAAAAGCCCUCUGGUCAAGCAAUUCCAGGUUGAAGAUGCAGUAGAGAGAACAUCAUCUGGUGCUAGUAAAGAGCUGUUAGCCAGGAGGAUAGCUCAGCAAUCUGGUAACGAGUACGAGCAACAGCAGAAAGAAGGGAUCAGCAAAGCGCAGGAAGAAGGACAAGACUUGGCCAGUCCCUUUGCUGUUGCCAUCGCAGGGGCAGUACGGGACCGAGAGAAAAGGUUAGAAGAAAAGAGGAAAUCAACAGUCUUCCUUUCUGUGGGUGCCAUUGAAAGCGAAACCGCACCCAACAUCCCAGCUCUGCAACAAUCCAGGUCAGUCGAUGACAGACUGCUGAGUAGCAGCGACAGGUCUCUCCGAUCACCAGUCCCUUCCCCUGUUCCCUCAUCAAGACCACCAGCAAGCCCGCCAGUGACUUUUAUACACCCUCUCACGGGCAAACCGCUGGAUCCUAACUCACCACUGGCACUUGCGCUGGCCGCAAGGCAACGGGCACUAGUUGCUGAAACACAGCAUCAGCGACCAACCGGAAGCAAUGAAACUGUGAAAGCCCAAGAAAGAAAAACCCCAGUCUACCUGGAGAGUCACAGCAAAGAGACAAAGAAAGCGGAAAUCGAAUCCCUCACAUCACCACCUUUCUCACCAGAAGACAAAACAAGCUAUAGUCCAACAUCUGGAGUACCUGGAAAACAUCAGUGGGGAACUUCCACUACACUGAGGAAAGAAACCGAAACAAGGCCAGGGCAAAUGGAGAAAGCUGAGAAAAUGGAAGAGAAGAAAAUGGAAGAGAAAAAGAGUAUGCUAAUCAACAUAGUAGAUACAUCACAGCAGAAAACUGCGGGCUUGCUGAUGGUCCAUGCAACAAGUAAUGGCCAAGAGUCAGAACUUCAAGAUACUUCAACAACUGCCUUGAAGACAUCGCCACCACAACCUCAACCAUUCCUUGCAGAGCCACAAGCUUCCCAGCCACUUAGUGCUGUUUCUGAGCCUCCAACUAGUGAAGCACCUGGGAAAACACAAACUCAAGGAAGCUCUGAUGAAGAUGUAGAACCAUUUGCUGUUUCUCUCCCUCCGAUGCUUUCCUCUAGUGAUGAGGAAACGAGGGAGGAACUUGCCAAGAUUGGGCUUGUACCACCUCCUGAUGAAUUCGCAAAUGGCAUCUUCAUCCAACCCAAGGCUGAGAAAACUGCCAGCCCUCCCAGUGGACCUCCAAUUUCAGCACCUUCAACUACUGGCGUUUCACCCUCAGGGAAGCCAACAGAUGCCCCACCUUCAGAAGCAAGUGUGGACUCGGGUGUAGAAGAAAUAGACACAAGAAGCAGUAGUGACCACCACUUGGAAACCACGAGCACGAUUUCAACUGUCUCCAGCAUGUCAACAUUGUCAUCAGAGAGUGGGGAGCCCUUGGACACCUACACAUCAUUUGCUGAUGGACAGACCUUCGUACUCGAGAAGCCUCCAGUGCCUCCAAAGCCAAAGCUAAAGUCCCAACUUAACAAAGGGCCAGUCACAUUCAGGGACCCUCUCUUGAAGCAGACCUCAGACAGUGAGCUUGUUGCCCAACACCAGCCGUCUGCGCUACCCCCCGGCGUAGGACGGUCUCGCUACCUCAUACAGAGAAAAUCCAAGUUGUGGGGGGAUCCCAUUGAGCCCAGGCCUAUUCAGAUGGUGGAGGGCAGCAAACCCACUGUAAUAAGUGAGCUGAGCUCCAGGCUGCAACAGUUGUCUAAGGAUACUCAUUCACUCGGGGAUGAGCCUACAGCGGCCUCUCUAGAAGCAGGAAAAAGAUCACCUGUUGUUACUGCAAGAGAUACAGGAGCGAUGCCAGAAGACUACAGAAUAGCAAAUGAUACACUCUUGUUCAAAAAUGGAUGUAAAGAUAAACCAGCAACUACAGACCAGUCAAUUUAAGUUUGAUGGGCUUAUAUACUGGAUCUAUGUCGAUGUGUUUGUUGAUGGAUCCUCCUGUAGAGAACAAUGCUUCAAGAAAUUCUUGUUCUUGCUUGAGUCAAGACUCUGGCUGUCGUCCAGUUGAAAUGGUGUGAGCGUGGUUCGUGCCUUCUGCUGGCUGCUAAUGCUCAGUACUUUUCUUCCUGUUUGUCCAACAUAGGACGUCGCAAUCACUACACUGGAUUUUGUAGAUAACAUUUGUCUAUCAGUCACAUUUAGUCAUGUUUUGACAACAAGAAAAAAUCUGCAGGUGCUGGAAAUGCAGGCAACACACACAAACUGCCGGAGGAAUUCAGAAGGCCAGGCAGCUUCUUUGGAAAGGAGUAUAGACAAUGUUUCAAGCCAAGGCCCUUCCUUAGUGCUGAGUUCCUCCAGCUUUUUGUGUGUGUUGCUUGGUGUGCUUUGAGUUUUGAUAGGUUCCUCCUCAAAGUUGUAGUCAGUUUGUGAGCAACUCUGGUGUUAUGUUGUUGAAGCAGUCAUUUCCGAGACGCUCUUUACAUACGGCAAUACAAUUCGUUUAUUUAUCCUUUGAGUAGUUUGUAUAUUCAGAUUUCUGACUAUGAGGUACCUUCGGAUGAAGCUUCUUGGACACUUGUUCUGUCGAAAGGUCUUGAAGAGGUGCUUUUCUUAUUCCAGUUUUGUGUCUGUGGUGUUGCAAUGGGACAUUUUUCGGUGAUUGCUAUUGAAGUUCAGAAUUUGACCAGUGUGUGUUGCUUUCCUGUAGACUGGCAUCUGCUAUUGACCAGCGAUAGUUCUCGUGAAAAGAGCAUCCAAUAAUGUGAGCUGGCUUUCCUUUACAAUUUGCAUUGUGAACUUGAUGUCACUAAAGAUAUUAUUUAGCAGUUGAUGUGUUCUUUGUACAUCAUUUCCCUUGAUAACCACAAAGGUGUCAUCUACAUAGCACACCCAGAGUUUGGGUUUGAUUUCUGAAGUAACUGUAUUUUCUAAUUUUUGCAUUAUGACUUCCACAAGUAGGCCAGAGGCAGGAGAUCCAUUGGUGCACCUUUCAUCUGUUCAUAAAUUUCUUUAUCAAACUUGAUUGAGAAGUUCAC